UACUAGCUUGGAGCGUCCGAUAACAUCCCUCCCACUAGGAUCCCCCUCCUCCCCAAAGUAAGAAACUAAGCAAGGCAAAGAUGUAAGCGAUAUGCGUUUUCAAAUUUCGAAAAUUUUCCACGUUUUGCCAUCGUUUGGGGAUUGGAUCUCGUGCGUUUGAAGUCAAGGGCUAAGAUCCCAAAACUUUUUGACUUUCAGCCCUUUCGCUGAAAUUUAAUGCCUUGGCUUGGCUUCGCGUUUUUCAAAUUUCGAAAAUUCUCCACGUUUUGUCGUCGUUUUGGGAUUGAAUUUUGUGCGUUUGAAGCGCUAAAGUCCCUAAAUUUUUGACUUUCAGCCCUUUCCCUGCGAUUCAGUUUCUUGGAUUCGCGUUUUUCAAAUUUCGAAAAUUUUCCACGUUUUGUCGUCGUUUUGGGAUUGAAUUAGAAUUCUGCGCGUUUGAAGUGCUACGAUCCCAAAGCUUUUGACUUUAAGCCCUUUCCCUGGGAUUCAAUCUCUUGGCUUCGCGUUUUUCCAACUUCGGCAAUUUUCCACGUUUUUCGUCGUUUCGGGAGUGAAUCCCGUGAGUUUGAAGCGCUAAGAUCCCAAAGCUUUUGACUUUAAGCCCUUUCCCCCGAAAUUCAAUGCCUUGGUUGGCUUCGCGUUUUUCAAAUUUCGAAAAUUUUCCACAUUUUGUCGCCGUUUUGAGUUUGAGCCUCGUGAGUUUGAAGCGUUGAGAUCCCAAAAUUUUUGAUUUUAAGCCCUUUCCCUGAGGUUCAAUCUCUUGGCUCCGUGUUUUUCAAAUUUCGAAAGUUUUCCACCUUUUUCGUCAUUUUGAGAGUGAAUCUCUUGACUUUGAAAGGCUAAGAUCCCAAAAUUUUUGAUUUUAAGCGCUUUCUCUGAAAUUUAAUUCCUUGGAUUCGCGUUUUCAAAUUUCGAAAAUUUUCCAUGUUUUGUCGUCGUUUUGAGAUUGGGCCUCGCGAGUUUGAAGCGUUAAGAUCCUAAAACUUUUGAUUUUAAGCCCUUUCCCCCGAAAUUCAACCCCAUUGCUUCAUGGUUUCAUGGUUUGGCUUCAUGGUUUCGUGGGUUCAUGGGUUUGGGGUUUGGGGUUUGUUUGUUUUUGUGUCGGAGGUUUUGGGUUCGGGUGUUGGAGGUUUUGGGUUUGGGUGUUGGAGGUUGAGGUUUCCGAAGGGAAGUGUUUGCAAAGUUUUACUGCUCUUAAUAUUUGUACUUCAAUAGACUUUACUAAUCAGAGGACUUAUUAAAAGGAUCUUCUAGAUCUUCUUGAAUAAAAAAGAUGCCGGAAGUUGCAGUCUCGGUCACUGAUGCCGCUCUCGCGGCAACUGCUGCUACCAGCAAAGUGUUGGAUGCUACCUCGAAGUUGCAGUCCAAGAGUGCGGAGUGCGGGGAAUUGACGAAUUUCAAAAAGGUGUGCGAAUUCCACCAGUCUUUUGGUGUGAAACACACGGAAAACCCGCAGAUAGAUAUCUUCGAUAAGGAUCCUAAGACGAUGAAGCUACGACUCGAUCUAAUUCGAGAAGAGUUCAAGGAACUCGAACAGGCAGCAGGAGAAAAAAAUAUGACGGAGGUAAAUUCUCAUUUUUCAUUUGUGGAGGCACCUUUCUUCAUUCCUAAUCUGAUUCACGACUUGGAGUAUGUCAAUUUGGAAUUUUCCUCGGUAUACCUUCUCUAGUCAGUGUAUCAUUCGUUGCUGCUCACCAUUAGCACUACACAAACACAACAAAGUUAAAAGAAAUUUAUAGGUCCUUGACGCUCUGAGCGAUAUUUUGUAUGUCACAUACGGCGCGGGCAGCAGCCUCGGACUCGAUCUCGAUAAAGCAUUCGCGCUCGUGCACGACAGCAACAUGUCCAAGCUCUGCAAGACACAGGAAGAAGCUGAAGCCACGAUAGAAUGGUAAAGAUAAUGGAGUGAUGUGUACUGAAGAAGAUCAAGAUUAUCUGGAUUUUAAAAGAAGCAUUAAGAUCAACUAAAUUCCAGUGUGUGUACCAAGAGAAAAAAAGAUGAACAUUUGCAGUGGAUCAUCGUGAACAUGAGCAGUAGUAGUACUGACCCAUCGAUAUCCAACAAGAGCUAAGUAAAAAUUUCAGGUACAAGGCAAACAAGACUGGUCCGGAAGGCAAAUACCCGUAUGACAGUCCGGCAUGGAGGAAGUCUGGGGAUUAUUUCGUUGUUUACAACGAAUCUUCGGGAAAGGUACUGAAGAGCAUCAACUACAAGCCAGUUUCCUUCAAGAGCAUGCUGCCAAACUGAUGACUCCUUAAGUGUCUCAAAAACAAGCAACAUACUGCUGGAUCGCUGUCGUGAUUACUCAACAUGAACAUCUUUAGCAACAUCAUAAAAAUUCAUUUCGAUCCUGUUUGCGACGUUCGGAAUGCUGUACAACAACCUCGUCUCGACGAAGAUCUUCAUCAUAAAACGAUUACAUCACGACAUUCACAUAUGAUUAGUGAUGAGGACCGCACUUCAACAUAUUGAUGUAGCUUCAAAGAAAUUUCUCCUGUAUUGCCGAAUCUGAAUCUAUGUAAGUACUCACAACAAUGCCAAAAGAACCAAGAACUUUUUCCGUGACACCUCAUCAAGUCCAAAAAGACAGAACUUUCUUUCACUUCACGGGCUUGUGAAGUUACUGAGUGCACCGAGUUCAAUUCCACCAUGUACAGUCAUAUCUUCUUUCAGCACGAAGAACACGUAGAGAGAGAUGCGAGCUACAACUUUAGAGAGCAACCGUUGCUCAAAUAAGUGCGGGAAAUGUAUUAGUUAUAGUUAGGCUGAAGCAUCGGAGGGCGAAGAGAUGCGGUAUGGGUAUGAUGACAAGAACCUUAGUAUACUCAGAGAACCAACA